AUGGAUGUCAAAACUAAAAGAGAAAAGAAUUUGUUAAGGGACUCCUUCUCUCUUAUCAAGACAGAGAGAUUAACUACGGAUAACAAUGGUAACUUUGUACAACCGAGUACAGGGAGAGUUGUCACCCUUCAUGGAAUUAAUAUUGCAUCAUGUUCGAAAUUACCGGAUAUUCCAUAUCAGACUUCAUAUUUGAAUCCAAAUGAAUGUGGAUUCUAUUCUGAUGCAGACUUUGUGUCGUUUGUGAAUAGACCAUUUCCUUUGGAGGAUGCAUACGAACAUUUAACACGGAUAAAACUUUGCGGCUACAAUACAAUUAGGUUUAUAUUUACCUGGGAGGCUAUUGAGCAUGAAGGUCCGGGUGUUUAUGAUGUUGAUUAUAUUCAAUAUGUAAUAGAUCUUUUAAAAAUAAUUGAUGAAGUUGGUGGUCUAUAUGUAUUUUUGGAUCCCCACCAAGAUGUUUGGUCAAAGUUCUGUGGUGGAUCAGGAGCCCCAAUCUGGACCUUAUAUGCAGCAGGUUUAGAACCGAAGAAUUUUGAAGUAACAGGUGCUUCAAAAUUGCACAGCAUGUGCUCUGAUCCCUCGAAGUUUACUAAGAUGGUCUGGAGUACGAAUUACGAUAAACUAGCCUGCCAAAUUAUGUUCACUAUGUUUUUCUCUGGAAAAAUGUUUAUGCCCAACGCAAUUAUUGAUGGUGUAAACAUUCAAGACUAUUUACAGAAUCAUUUUAUAGACUCUGUUGCAUUUUUACUCUCUUCCAUUAAGAAAAAAGCGCCUUCCCUUUUUGAAACAUGCUUGAUAGGUGUUGAAAGUCUGAACGAGCCUAGUAAAGGCUUAUAUGGACUUCAGGAUAUGUCAAAAAUUUCAGAGGACCAAAAUCUAAGGUUGGAUGAAACGCCAACCGUAAUACAGUCUCUGAAUCUUUCUAUGGGACAUAAACAAACGGUAGAUAAAUAUUCAUUGACAUCAUUUGGUCCAAAGAAGGUCGGUUCUAUCACCAUUGAUCCGCAUGGUGUCAAAUCAUGGGUAUCCAACGAUGAAAUGGAUAUUCAUUAUGGUUUCAAUAGGGACAAAAAAUGGAAGCUUGGUGAUUGCCUUCUCUCCCAACUUGGAGUGUGGAAUUCGAAAACGGGUGAGUUGAAUCACCCAGAUUUUUUCUCAAAGAAUCCUACAACUGGGGAGCCCAUUAAUGAAUGCACCUUUAUUAAUAUUCAAUACUUAUCGUUCUGGAUGAAAUUUAAACGGAAACUUCGAACAAUUGAUGAGAAUAUAUUUCUUAUAAUGCAAGCACCGGUACUUCAAAUCCCCCCUCACAUUAGGAAGACGAAAUAUGUGGACGACAAAACUGUAGUGGCAAUUCAUUAUUAUGAUGGUAUGACGCUUUUGUUCAAAUCAUGGAAUAGAUUUAUGAAUGUGGAUACCUUGGGAAUAAUGCGUGGAAAAUAUAUUAGUCCCAUGUUUGCAAUUGUAUUGGGAGAACGGAACAUCAGAAAAUCUAUUCGGAAUCAGCUCAGGGAAAUGAAAAGGGAAUGCCAGGAGAACGUUGGAAUGAAGGCCCCUGUAAUUCUGACAGAGACUGGUAUGCCUUUCGAUAUGGAUGAUAGAAAAGCAUAUGUAGAUGGAGAUUACAGUUCACAGGAGGCUGCAACCGAUGCGAUAAAUUUCGCAAUUGAAGGUAGUUCACUGAAUUUUACUUACUGGUGUUAUAAUCCGGAAAAUUGUCACAAAUGGGGUGAUCGGUGGAAUUUGGAGGACUUUUCCGUGUUUUCUAAGGAUGAUAUGGUUGCAAAAAAUCUGGACUUCACUUUUGGUGAAACAAGUGGAACUUCUUCAUCCGGAAGAAUUUCAAGCUAUAGUGAAUGGAUUACAACGGCUGGUUCCGAGUCUACUUACAAACCAAACGAGCACAUAACUUUUACGGGUGGAACUAUCAACUCCAACUCCAAUUCCAUUGGAAAGCAUAGUGAAGUGAAUAACUCUGAAGUGGAAUUAAUGUCAAGUGUAUCUGAGCCAAUAAAUACUCUUGGAAGAUUAUUAGAGGGAGUUCGUGUGCCAAAUGCCAUUAUCAGACCAUAUGCGGUUCUUGUAAAUGGCUCUGUAAUUGAUGCGAGUACCGAUAUUAAGGCACAUACGUACAGUUUGGAAGUGGAUUCAGCUAGGCUUACACCAGCACCAUCUUUGGAGCCUACUGUUGUUUUCCUUCCUGAAAAACAUUUUCCACCUGGAAAAUUUGAGGUUAGCGUCGAUAGUGGCAUAACUAAGUGUAAGCAUGAUGGAAUAUAUCAAACUCUGGAAUGGUAUUAUGACGAAAAUGUGGGAAAGGUUCAUUUGCAGGUGAAAAACACUUCGACUUCUAAGAGCGCUGAAUCAAGAGGUAGGUUCAGAAUGUUUCUACAUCUUCUUACUUGCGGAUUACUUUAA